AUGUCUAGGCCGGGAUUUUUAGAUCAAGAGUUCACAAUAGCUCAAGAACGCCAUAGCAAGUAUAUUAGCAUAGUAAAGACUAGAUUUGCUUUAUUCCGGCCCUACCUGAUGGUAUCGAUUCACGAAGAUCUAAGCAGCUCCAAGAGAUAUUCAAACAUGGAUAUAGUAGCUUCAUAUAAAGCCAUCGAAAGGUCCUUAGCAUUUAGUAAAAUUACUAGGGCAGAUCUGCUGAACGCUAGCUUUAAUAAGCCUCCUUACUUAAAGUUUCCUAAUGGUCAAUUAAAGGCGCUACAUGGUCGGCAUCGAAUUCAAGCCGCGAGCAAAGCUCUUUUUCCUAAUGAUCGUUGGUGGAUAGUAGAUCUAUAUCUUGAUGGUACUUUUCAAUUCUUAAAUCGAUGA